AUGCGCAUGAGUUUUCGCUGGUUCGGGCCGGAAGACCCGGUAACUCUUUCCCGUAUUCGCCAGAUCCCGGGCGUGGAAUCGGUGGUGGCCUCACUGUUCCACAUUCCUGUCGGGGAAGCCUGGCCACAGGCCGACAUCGCGGCGCUGAAGCGGCAGAUUACAGAUGCCGGGCUGAAGCUGGAGGUGAUUGAGAGUCUCAAUAUUCACGAGGAUAUCAAGGCAGGGUCUGCUGCCCGCCGUGAUGAGUACAUUGAGAAUUAUCAGCUCACCCUGCGCCGCCUGGCCGCUGCCGGAGUCGAGACAGUCUGCUACAACUUUAUGCCGGUGUUUGACUGGACCCGCACCAGCCUGCACCACCGCCUGGCCGACGAUUCCAGCACCAUGUUCUUCGACGGCGCAGCACUGAGCCGCAUGAGCCCCGAUGAGCUGUUUGCCAGAGUCCGGAGCGAGUCCGGAGGCGUGGAGCUGCCGGGCUGGGAGGCCGAACGCCUGAGGGAACUGCGCGUGUGCUUUGAGCGCUACGCCGGGCUGGGGACGGAGGGGCUGUGGCAGAAUCUGGCGUAUUUUCUGAGCGCCGUGAUUCCGGUCUGUGAAGAGGUGGGCAUCAAUAUGGCCAUCCACCCUGAUGACCCCCCCUGGCCGAUUUUUGCUCUGCCGCGCAUUAUUACCGGGGCCGAAAACCUGGAGCGCUUUCUCGGGCUCUACGAGUCACCGCGCAACGGUUUAACCUUGUGUGCCGGUUCACUGGGAGCCAAUCAACAGCAUUCCAUCCCCGGAUUUAUCCGGCACUUCGGCAGCCGCAUCCACUUCGGCCACGUGCGCAACCUGAAGCACGAGGGCAACGGCGUUUUUUAUGAGUCCGCCCAUCUGAGUUCCUGUGGUUCGCUGGAUCUGUUUGCAAUCAUGAAAGCCUACCACGAGAUCGGCUAUACCGGCCAUAUCCGGCCCGACCACGGACGCAUGAUCUGGGGAGAACAGGGUCGGGCCGGAUAUGGCCUUUACGAUCGCGCCCUGGGUGCCAGCUAUCUGCUGGGUCUGUGGGAAGCCAUCAAUAAAAUGAGCCGCUGA